AUGCAGUUCAAGUACCUCUUCAGCAUCAUUUUCGCAACCAUGGCUACCGCAGCUGCUAUCAUUCCUGAUGGCUGCACAAGCGUGGAUGAGGAUGGCCCAGUUGCUCGAAGCCCUAGUAUGCUCGAUGCACGAUCACCUAGAAAUGAUGCUUUGCAGCCAAAGUGCCCUGUCGUCGGAAUUUCCAACCCCGUAAGUGGUUCUAUUGAUUUCAUGAAAAUGUAG